UUGUUUAAUUAUUUCUAUUUUCUCAGUCACUUGAGGGGGACGAAGAGACAGACUUACCGGGAAACGAUUCAAAGACGGAGAAAGUUUCUGACGAAGAAAUGAAAGAAGAAAGAGAAUUUCCACAAUCUUCUAUUCACACUAACGAAUAUGAUUGGUCGCCCACUGGUCAGUUUCAAAUGAUGAGUCAUGACGACUUAGCAAAAUUACGUCAACUAAUGGAACAGAAUUUGACAGAUGUCAAUCAAAGUGAUAUAAAUUCUGCUGAGUCGAUGUGGCAGCAAUACCAGAGCCUGACUCAGCAUCUUUCGCAACAACUCAGUGAACAGCUCCGUCUAGUGUUGGAACCAACGAAAGCGGCAAAACUGAAAGGAGAUUAUAGGACUGGGAAACGACUUAAUAUGAGAAAAGUUAUUCCAUAUAUUGCGAGUGGAUUCAGAAAAGACAAGAUUUGGUUGCGACGUUCGAAGCCAAGUAAACGUGAAUAUCAGAUCAUGGUUGCUAUUGACGACUCAUCGAGUAUGGCGGAUAACCAUACUAAACAGUUGGCGUUUGAAUCACUUGCGGUCGUCUCUUCUGCGCUGACGACACUCGAAGCCGGUCAACUUGGUGUUUGCAGUUUCGGCGACGACACAAAACUUUUGCAUAACUUUGAUAGGCCGUUUACUGACCAAUCAGGAGCCUCCAUUAUACACGAGUGUACGUUUGAACAAAAACAAACGAAAAUUGCAAGACUUUUAAACACAAGUGUGGAUUACAUGAAAAAAGCAAGAGCAAGUUUUGGUUCUUCUGCCGAUCCAAGAUUGUCCCAACUUUUACUCAUUAUAUCAGAUGGAAGAGGUCUUUACAUUGAAGGUCGAGAAAAAGUGACAAAUGCAAUUCGUACCGCUGUCGAUUCAAAAAUAUUUAUUGCUUUUAUUAUAUUGGACAACCCAAAGAUGAAAGACUCGAUUCUCGAUAUUAAAGUCCCUGUUUUUAACGAAGCAGGAAAAUUACCCGAGAUCCGAUCGUACAUGAACGACUUUCCAUUUCCGUUCUACGUGAUCAUACGAGAUGUAAAUGUGUUGCCAGAAACGCUGAGUGAUGCGCUUCGCCAGUGGUUUGAAGUGGUGACCAAUGAAUGAGAAUUCUGGGUGAAAAUCGUGGGUAACUAUUCUUAGGGGUAGGGGCCCGAUCCUGGCCUAAAUCCUAGGACCCAUAACGUGCUACGCUGCGGGACCUCACCCACAUAGAAAAAAACUAUUCCUACAGUCAUGUACUUUAGAGACGAUGGUAUCAUAGUGGUCACCAGGCCAUGAAAUAAAGGAGAACUGAGGUCUUUUCA